CGAAAUUAUAAUACGGUUUUUAAAAAUAUGUACAAAGAUUUGUAGUAUACAAUGAUUAGCAAACAAUAUUACUUUGCGCGUUACACAUCUUAUUCAUUGUAUUAUUUUUAAUUCGAAUUUGGAGGAGAAAUUGUCAAGCAACUCUGAAAAUAAAAAAAUGGUAGCUUGCAUGCUAAUAAAUAAAAAAUAAAAGAAAAAAUAUUAUAUUGGCUCUGCGUAACUAAUUUAAAGCUAAGCGUAGCAAAUUAAAUUAUUGUCCUAGACUAUUUAAGCCAGAAGAGAAUAUAUUUUAGUUUGUGGCAAUCAUGGUUCGGCCAAGUAAGAUGCUCCAAACUAUUUUCCUUGUAAUUCUUUGUCUCUGGGUCAACAUAAAUGGGCUGGGAAACGGUGUGGUUCAGCAGUAUUAUGUGAAUAGUUCGGUAUGCAAAAUGCCCUAUGUGGAUCCCUUUGCGAGGAAACUAAUGAGAAAAUUUCAAAGAGAUAAAUUAAAACUUUGCCACAAAGACAAAGGUAUAGUCAGAAGCGUAUUUGAUUACGAAAUGCAACAGUAUCGUUUACAAAUAAACGAGAACGUUGCCAGACCCAUGCUGGAAACAAGGAAAAAUGCUACCCUGGAGUGUGUAUACCAGAAGGUAUUGCGGAAUAAUACAGCCAAGGAACCCGACGAUACUUAUAUUACGUUGCAGAGUCGCCCCAUUGUGCAUCAACAGCUAGUGCCGAGGGACACGGACUUCAUGGUCACCAAAUGCUAUGCCAAGGACAUUAAAAACAGCACGGAGCUCCUACAAGAAGAUGCCAUGACGUUUAUUCAGCAAAUGUGGCCAAGCACAGAGAAGGUUAGGAGCCAGCCUAGUGUUCUCAUUUUGGGUUUAGACUCAGUCUCACGGAUCAAUCUUCGGCGGGCAAUGCCAUCGGUUUACAAGUUCGUGAGCCGCCCGGGAUGGUUCGAAAUGCAGGGUUACACCAAAAUAGGCGACAAUACCUUUCCCAAUCUGAUGGCCGUCCUCACGGGACACUCGGAAAAGGGAACUGAGAAAGUUUGUGAUACUAGCAAGCCGGGCUGCCUGGACACUCUGCCUUUCAUCUGGAAGCGAUUCAAGAGCGCCAACUACACGACAGCCUUUGCCGAGGAUUGUGAAUCAAUUAAUACGUUCAACUACCUGAAAGGCGGCUUUGUUAAGCAGCCAACGGACUAUUACCUGCGUCCCCUGCUCGUGGCCAUCGAAAAUAACUUUAACGUGACCAAACGCUACGGAUUAUCGUACUGUGUAGGUCGCCAACUCAGCUCCAGUUAUGUGUGGAACUUUGGUAAACAGUUCAUCGAUCGGUUCCUGGGCAGAUCGCCGAUGUUUGGUUUCCUGUGGAGCAACAGCUUCACCCAUGACGAAUAUACAGGGGCCACGGCGUUGGACAAGCUCUUUCUAAAGUACCUCAAAUCCGUUGAAGAGACCCACCUCUUUGAGCGCUCAAUUGUGAUCUUGAUGAGUGAUCACGGCCAACGUUAUAAUUUGCUGAGGCGAGCUGCCUCUGGCUAUUUUGAGGAGCGCAUGCCCAUGAUGUUUAUCUACAUACCGCCAUGGUUCCGCCUCAAAUAUCCUGCUCUGGUGGAGAACCUUAAUAAGAACCGCAAUCGCUUAACUUCUAACUACGAUGUCUACAUGACCCUGCAGCAUUUGCUGCAGUUAGAUAGCAAAUCCAUGGAUGAUUUUCCUGACGACUUAAGGGCAAAGCAAUGCCCCACCUGUCAGUCGCUCUUCUUUGAGGUGCCUUUGAACCGCACCUGCCAAAUGGCCGCAAUCGAGGAGAAAUGGUGCUGCUGCCAACCCACAGAGACCAUCCGUAGGUCGCCGCAUGUAAUGACCAUUGCUCUGGCCAUUGUGGAGCGCAUGAAUAAUCAUUUGCAGGAGCAACAACUAACCGGGCUUUGUCACAAUUUCAGUCUAAAAAAAGUUCACAAAGUGGACCGCAAAACCAUUCUAUCAACGGGCCUAAAGCCAGCUGAUAAAGACGAGCAUGUCUACAUUAUUGAGUUCUCUACAUUCCCAAAGAAACCUCGAUUCGAGGCCACUGUAAGGUGGAACAAUCGCACUAAUAAACUGUUGGACAUGGACGUAGAGGAUCUUAGUAGACUGAAUUCGUAUAAGAAGGAUGCCAACUGCAUCAAUGAAAAGAAAGCGAAAAUAUACUGCAUUUGCAAAGAUAGCAUUAAACAAGAAAGGAAGCUAACUUCGGCACGCCGAAGUUUGUAUACCCUUGCAGAUUGGUUUCAAGUUGGUGGCUCCUAG